CUGACCAUAAAUGCUUAUUCCACAUAAUUCACAGACACGUUCACAACUCUGCAGCUAUAGAAGUAUACAAUACGUACCCUAUCACAACUCAUUUCCUUUUUGUCAAAUAAAAGCUAAGGCGGUUGGUCUUGUCACAACUGAAAGCUCUAUUUUUUUUUAAGCUUCACUUGAUUGCAUGCCUUGUGUUCGAUAAAAGUUUUCACAUUUAGAAGUUAGAGAGAAUGUUAUUUGGGACUUCAUUCAGAGCUAAUAAACAUGCAUUUCUAACUGAGGAUGGAAGCACAGAAAAAUCAACCUGAAAAGCAGCCAUCACCUGCUGCUGCAGUCAUCCCUUCAUGUCACACAAAGAAGAAUGACGAUGCCGCUUUCUUGGAGGAUUUGAAGGACCACAUUGAUGAGUUCAUCCAUGCAUCUAUGGAUGAACACAAAAAUUGCUUCCAGAAGACCCUGAAGAAGAUGUUUGGAAUGUCAAAGAUUGUUGCAGAAAGGAGUUCUGAAACUAAGGAGGUUGAAAGCUCUCUGCCCCUCCAAACAACAGUGUCGGACUAGAAUGCCUCCCCUCCUUUGCUGACAACAUGAUAUUUUAGGACCAUGAUUUUCUGCAAAGAUAAUAAUAUUAUAAAGACAAAGUUUAGUUACAAAAUUGGUUGUAGCCUAAACCUACAAUCUUACUUAAUAUCAUUAACAUUACUAUAUAUUUCGAAAAUCUAACCAUUGGAUUGCAUGUUCUUUACACUCUUAAUACACAUGUCAAAUUUU